AUGCAGGAAGCAUCGCAAAAACUAGGAUUUUACUUGGGUGAGGAAGACAUGGAGUUUUCCAGCUUCUCAAGCGGGACCGAACGUGCUGUCAAGACUUGGCAAUCAGUCAUGCCAGAAGAUGCUUUGUUGGGUGCUUGGAAAAAAUCUGCUCAUAAGCUAUGGGUGAAACGACUAAGACGUACCUCAUCUUUGGCUGAGCUUUUGCAGGUUCUUGGUGAUUUUGUUGGUGCCAUCAACGAGGACCGAUUAUAUGAAUGCAAUAUAGAGCAAGGUUCUUGUAAUUUUAGUGAAGAACUGAUUGCGUCCUUUGCAUGUAUGCCCCAAACAACAUCUGCAGUUGCACUCUGGUUGGUGAGAUUGGAUGCCUUAAUUGCUCCAUACUUGGAAAGAGCCCAUUCUCAGAAAAGGCUGGAAAUUAGUGUCAGAGGGAAGCAUGCUCCAAAGCAAUAG